UAGGCAUCGAGAACGGUUCGGUUUUGAUCCAGUUAGUGGAAAAGUGCGAACCGCGUGACGUUCGUAAGUGGUGAUCUCGGCACUUAAUAUCGCUUGCACGUAGAUCCAAGAAGCGAUUAAGAAACGAUGGGACAAGCACGCUCCAUUGCUGUGAUCUUUGAACAAUUUAGUCUUGGUAACUGAUAGUGAUUCUGUGAUAGUUCUAUUUACAAAUGUAAAUAAUUCAGUGUUUGGAACAUUAUUCUUGGCUUCAACAUACAAAAUAUAAAUUAUGUGAAAGACAAAAUUGUAAAAAUUUACAAAAGUGUGAAAACUAUUUAUUAAGCAUGCGGUGUGGAAAAUUUGUGUUUUUUAUUGUUUCUUUUAUGUGUUUAUUAGUGAUUGUAAACUGUUUUAUAUCGCAACAUGAAAUAACAGAGCAUAAAGAAAAAUAUACAAUUGACGAACUGUUAAACACUGUUUUUCCAAAAAAAACUUCCAACGAUUUGGAUAUGGACCCAUGCAAAGCAGGUGGAUUUAUGGGUGACAUAGCUCUUCCAGAUAUCCAAUACACGAAACCCAAACAAAGCUUGCAGCAGGAAGAAGUGGAAAAAUACAAGCAGGAGGUAUUGGAAGGCCUUCAAAUUGAAGAAGAAGGCAUGUCGGAUUAUUUACGUAAGAAAACCAAACAGCCCUCGAUUGUUGCAAGCAGUCCAAGAAGUUUAAAUGACCCUGUGGAAGGAUUGUUAAAUGUUAAGCCAUUGGGAAAAGUUGUUAAUUUUAAGCAUCAACAUCAACUACAAACAAUGAAGACUGGGCCAAAUAAUGAUAGUGUUAAUAAUGAUACAGUAGGCGAGGAGAUUUUAAAAGAUAAAAGUUUUCAUAGAAAAAAAAGGCAUCAUCGAAAAGAAACACAUCAUAGACAGAGAAACACCGAAAAAAAUGAGGAAGAAAUUCCGGUCCAUGAUUUCGAACCGAACUUCGACCAAAAACGAAAGAAACCCUCACUUCCACAGUACCGAUCCAUAAGAGAGACCACCAGCCAUAGAAGAGCAACCAGAGCUGCAACAGCACGAAAAGAAAGAGUUUGGAACUAUGGUGUCAUACCUUACGAAAUUGAUGGUAACUUCAGCGGACUUCAUAAAGCACUGUUUAAACAGGCCAUGAGACAUUGGGAGAACUUCACUUGUGUUAAAUUUGUGGAAAGAAACAGGGAUGAACAUGUGGAUUAUAUUACGUUUACAGAAAGACCUUGUGGGUGUUGUUCGUUUGUCGGAAAGAGGGGUAACGGUGGUCAAGCAAUAAGUAUUGGAAAAAAUUGCGAUAAAUUUGGCAUUGUGGUCCACGAAUUGGGUCACGUUGUAGGAUUUUGGCACGAACACACCAGACCUGAUAGAGACAGGCAUGUCGACAUACUUCGCGAGAAUAUUAUGAAUGGUCAGGAUUACAAUUUUAACAAGCUUAACGAAGAGGAAGUGAACUCUUUGGGACUGACAUACGAUUACGAUUCUAUAAUGCACUAUGCACGUAACACUUUCUCGAAGGGAACCUACUUAGACACAAUUCAACCAGUGGACGUACUGGGCCGGAAAAGGCCUGAGAUUGGCCAGAGAAUAAAGCUCAGCGAGGGAGAUAUUGCCCAGACUAAUUUGCUUUACAAGUGUCCCCAAUGUGGAAGAACUUUCCAAAUGAACUCGGCAAACUUCUCGCCACCAGUUUACAGUGAUAAUUAUCCAGAAGAAGGAAUUCAUUGUGAAUGGAGAAUAACUGCAACUCAUGGAGAAAAAAUUGUUUUGAACAUCACUGGAUUGGACAUAAAAAAGUCGCCGAGCUGCAAGACUGACUACAUAGAAAUCAGAGAUGGUUACUGGCACAAAUCUCCCGUUUUAGGUCUUUUUUGUGGUACUGGACAGUUUAACAUGAUAACGUCGACUGGAAGUCGAAUGCUUAUUACUUAUAUUGCCAAAAAUCCAAAAGGACACAAAGGAUUCCAAGCUAGUUAUGAAGCUGUUUGCGGUGGAGAUCUUAAAAUUGACUCAAAAGGUCAUUUGGAAUCUCCAAAUUACCCAGAAGAAUAUCAUCCGAAUAAAGAAUGUAUAUGGAGAAUUACAGUACCAGAAAGCUACCAAGUGGCACUAAAAUUCCAAUCUUUCGAAGUAGAAAAUCAUGAUAAUUGCGUUUACGAUUACGUAGAAAUUCGUGAUGGAUUAAGUAAAGACAGUUCUAUUUUAAAGGUUCAUUGUGGAUAUAAAGUACCAGAUAAUAUAAUCUCUUCAUCGAACGAGCUUAUGGUAAAAUUCGUGUCUGAUGGUUCGGUUCAGAAAGCAGGAUUUUCAGCUUUAAUUAUGAAAGAGUUUGAUGAAUGCUCGACAAUUAACCACAGCUGUGAACAAGAUUGUAAAAAUACCAUAGGGAGCUAUGAGUGUACGUGUAGAAUUGGUUAUGAAUUACAUUCGGAUGGAAAGAAAUGCGAAGAUGCAUGCGGAGGUAUUUUUAACAACGGCAAUGGUACAAUUACGUCCCCUUCAUUUCCUGAAUUGUACCCACUAAACAAAAACUGCGUUUGGGAAAUUAGAGCGGCACCUCAGUACAGAAUCACCCUCAACUUUACUCAUUUUGAUUUGGAAGGAAAUAAUGCCCAACAACAGCAAUGCGACUACGACAGUGUAGAAAUAGAGUCCUUGAUACCAGAUGAUAGACACAAAAGUCACGGGGUGUUCUGCGGAUCCAGACCACCGACUAUUAUAACAUCUGAAGGAAAUGUAAUAAGGAUUAGAUUCAGUUCAGAUAAUAGCGUACAGAAAACGGGAUUUGCUGCUGUUUAUUUUACUGAUAUGGACGAAUGUGCAGCUGGUGAUAAUGGAGGCUGUCAACACGAAUGCCGAAAUACAUUAGGUUCUUACAUAUGCACAUGUCAUAAUGGUUAUACUUUACAUGAAAAUGGCAGAGAUUGUAAGGAAGGUGGGUGUAAAUACGAAAUAAGCUCUCCAUUUGGAACACUUGGAAGCCCAAACUAUCCGGAUUUGUAUCCGCAAAGAAGGGAUUGCGUCUGGCAUUUUAUAGCAACACCUGGCCAAAGAAUCAGGCUUGCUUUUAUAAAAUUUGAAGUUGAAUCGCAUCAGGAAUGUUCAUAUGAUCAUGUUGACUUUUAUGAUGGAGGUUCUCCUGAAGCUCAUUCUUUGGGCAGAUUUUGCGGUUCCAAAGUUCCCCAUCCAAUAGUUUCAAGUGGAAACCAGCUGUACAUGACUUUUAGAUCUGAUAAUUCAGUGCAAAGAAAAGGAUUUUCUGCUACACAUGCGACUGUUUGUGGUGGUAAACUACAGGCUACUUUGGAGAAAAAACAUAUUUAUUCGCAUGCCCGAUUUGGAAGCUCAAGUUACGAUAAUAAAGCUGAUUGCGAUUGGACAAUAGAAGCAAUGGAUGGUUACAGCGUAAAGAUUUCAUUCCUAACUUUCGAUGUUGAAGAUGAAAAAGAUUGUGGCUAUGAUUACGUUGAAAUAUUUAAUGGGAUAGACUCCAGUGGUCUAUCUUAUGGAAAGUUUUGUGGUACAUCUAAACCCCAUGAAAUUAUAUCAUCUCAAGAAGGCCUCUUGAUUCGUUUUAGAACAGACGAUACUUUGGUCAGCAAGGGCUUCAGUAUUGUAUAUGAAGCAGUAGAAACCCUAACAGAAGAGGAAAUAUAAAAUUUAAUUUGAUUUAAUUUUUGAACGAAAUAUAAAAAAUUAACCUAACUCCUAGAAUACAUAUAAUAAUAUAUGUGGAGGCCUGAAAUAGAAAAAAUGUGUUUAAUUUAUUGUUAAGAUUGCAAAAAUAGUAGGGAAAAAAACAAUACAAGAAACAAAUAUAAAUAUAAAUAAUUGGAAAUUAAUAAUAAAUUGUGUGUUUAUAAUCGUUUUAGAGUAUAUGUAACACUAACCACAGUUUUCACUAUUUUUAAGCACAAAUUUUAACUAGUCUUAGAUGUAAGGGAAAAAUAAAAGCAGUUUUAUUACAAAUACAAAGGAACCAUGUUUAAUACAUUUAUUAAAGAAUCGAAUUAUAAUGAAUUUAAAUGUUUAAUAAUGUUUAAUAAAUUAUUUUUUGUUGUGGUACAUCAUAUAGGUAUAGAAACAGGCUUAAUUAAAAUAUAUGAAAUGUGGAAUGAGAAAAAUUUUCUGGUUUUUAUUUUUUUAAGAAGUCUAAUAGACAAAAACAAAUUUACUUUAUGGACCAUCACUCUGUUGAGCUUUAACCCUUUUACUUUAAAUAACUUUUUUGCUAAACAGUUUUGGUUAUUAUGGCGAUUUUACCCUUUUCCGAAUGCAUUUAAGGUCUUUAUAAAGAAUAAAACCUAGUUUUAAUAAAAACAAUAAUAAUGUAAUGUAUUGUUUAUAAUUACGUGACAUAAUAAAAACAAAAGACUUACUACUGUAAUACUUAAUGAUAACUUUUGGCAAUCUCUGUAAACUUAGCAAGUAGUUACCUACUAAAUGUGUAUCGCUUAAAUGCAUUUUCUAGUUGUAGUAUUUAAUUUAUUAACUGUAUUUAUUUGUGUAUUACAUAAAAGAUACGUAAAUAAAACAUUCCAUGUAAUAUAUAA